UACUCGGCCGCCUCACACGCACGACCGCCUCUCGCGUUUCCUACUCCUUGUCGCGCGCGGCUUCGCGCGCGCGCGCCCUGCACGUCGCCCCAUCUUCUCCUAGUCCCGCACGGACUGGGCCUUGUCCGUCCGCGCACGCGUCAUCCUUCGCGCAUCCCUGCUGGUCGUCAACUUCUCCCCGCGCGUGCCCGUCCUCGCCCGGCACUCCUAAACCCGCAAGGUUUAGGUCUCGCGCAUGUGCGUCCCACUCGCGUGCCAUCGCGUCCCCAUCCCCUCGUCCGUUAUCCUCGCGCGCGUCCUCGUCAAUUGCGUGGUUGCUGCCCACGCUCAGUGCUCCCGCAUCCCUCUCGCGCUCGCCUGCCCGCUCACGCGUAUCGCCGACGCCCGCCGCUUGCCUACCUCCUGCGCACGAUGACGCGUCACCCGCGUUCAACAUCCUGGUGCCGCGUCUCCGUUUAUCGCCUCGGCCCUUCGACCUCUUGCGCGCAUCAUGGCACGAUGCGCGCCAUCCGUCCCAUAGCUGGUCCUCGCCGAUCCCUAUGUCCCCCGACGGCCACGGAUCCCAGCCAUCCAACCCAAUACAGUCACCUGCACGCCAUAUCCAGCCAUCCUCCAUUCCUAGCCUUCCUCGUCUUUGGGACUCCGAACACCACGUCCCCUCAGCAGCCACCGCAGCAGCAGCAGCCCCGUCAGCAGGCACAGAGGCAGCCUCAGCAGCAGCAGCAGAGGGGCAGACAGCAGGCCCGAGUAUACGCGGUCGAUCAGGCAGAGGCAGCUCAGCAGCCAGGUACCAUGUCCGGAAUGGCUGUUCUUAAUAAUGUUCCUGUGUUUGCUUUAUUCGAUACUGGAGCGACGCAUACUUUCAUUUCACGACGAUGUCUCGAUGCCAUCGGAGUUCACGCCGCUACCGCUGUCGAUCCUCUCGAGGUGAGUUUAGCCUCGGGACGAAAGAUAGUGACCUCAGCUAAAGCCUCAGAUCUUAACCUUUCCAUCGGUGGCCGAGUAUUGACUGCCGACGCGUUUGUUCUCGAGAUGAGGGACUUCGACCUUAUUCUCGGGAUGGAUUGGCUAUCCUUCUAUCAUGCAGACAUCAGGUGUCAUGACCGGGAGAUCACUCUCUAUCUUUCGGGAGACGAGUCGAUUACUUUCUUCGGCUCCAGGAACCGUUCACUACCUCAGGUU